AUGCCACUCACCAUCCUCUCUCAAACACAACUCCGCUCCCUCCUCCUGUCGCUCUCUCGCGACCAGAUCAUUGAGCUCCAGCAGAACCUCUCCAAUGCUCUGCGGGACUACUCCACUGGUAGCCAAGAAAAGGGCUGUGCGGCUGCCUACCAACCCACGCGCACGGCCAUCACCCGUCAGAAUGGCUGCACCACCUUGUUCAUGCCCGCUAGCACGGGCAACACCCUGGGCAUGAAGAUGAUCUCCUUACAAGAUAACAUGACAUUGAUUGACGAGACGAGCCUACCCUUUGGAUUGAUCAACGCUCAUGAACUUACCCCCUUUCGCACCGCCUUGACCGCCACCAUGACCCUCAACAAACGCAAGCGCGUACGAACCGUGGUGGUGUUCGGGGCGGGCAAGCAGGCAUACUGGCACAUUCGGCUGGCGCUGAUCCUGCGCGGAGAGGGCAUCAAACGGGUGUAUAUUAUCAACCGAUCCUUUGACCGCGCGGCCCAGCUGCUGCGGGAUAUCUACAGCCCCGAGAACGCCAGCUGGCGCGGCGAUGUGAAAUUCUCCGCCGUCAGCACGGACUUUGUCGAGUACGACCGCAUCCUGCACGAUGCGCUGCUCAAGGCAGAUGCGAUCUUCUGCUGCACGCCCUCGACGGAACCGCUCUUCCCUGCACAGAUCCUCACAUCGCGCGACGGACGCCGAAAGGGCCGUCUGAUCAGCGCGAUUGGAUCAUAUCGGCCACACAUGACCGAGCUGCCACCUGAGUUGCUGCGCGACGAGGUGACGGUGCACAGCUCGCAUCGGCAUUUCCACAAGCAUGUGCGACGGAGUGGCGUAGUGGUGGUGGACAGUUUGGAUGCGGCGCUGAAGGAAGCCGGCGAGAUUGUGCAGGCGGGCAUCCGGCCGCAUCAGGUGGUGGAAUUGGGCGAGCUGCUGAUUGUGCGGGAUGCGUCGCGCGGGGAGGGCGACAACAGCGAAGAUGGCAAGAGUCUUCGGGAUUGGGUGGAGCGCGGGAAUGUGAUCUUCAAGAGCGUGGGGAUGGGCUUGAUGGAUCUGGUGACGGGCGGCGAUCUGGUGCGGUUGGCGCGGGAGAAGGGAGUGGGCACGACGCUGGAGGAAUUCUGA